UCAUAUUGGAGUUGUUCUAAUAGUGACAUAUGCGCACAUAACCUGAAAAGUCAACAAACUGCUAAAGCCGUAACGUGCAACAACGAAAAAUUUUAUUAAUAAACGUUUUUAUAUUACUAUAUUUUCAAUGGAUAAAAAAAAAUUACUUUUAAUUAGAAGAAAAAUAUUAUUGCAAAGUAUUCUAAAAUAUAUUAAUGAUAAACGGAUGCAAAACAGAAGAAGGAAAAGACGGUACUGGAUUCGCCCUACUAAUACUAGAAGAAAUGAACAAGGAGCAGCAACCAACCUUGUAUUAGAAAUGGCAUUGUAUGAUAUGGAAUGGUAUCAUAAUUAUAUGCGUAUGUCACCAAAUACGUUUUAUGAAUUAUUGGAAUUGAUUACUCCAUUGAUUACAAAGACGUCAACUAAUUUUCGAAAACCACUUCCUCCUCAUUUGAGAUUAAGUUUAACACUUCGUUACUUGUCGUCCGGAGAUCUUUUGUCAUCUAUGGCAAUGUUGUAUAGAAUAGGAAGAAGCACAGCGACAUGUAUUAUUCGUGAAACCUGCGAAGCUAUUUGGACUGCAUUAAGUCCAAAAGAAUUGUUCCAAUCAUCUGAGAAAGGCUGGUUAGAGAUAGCCAAUGAAUUUGAAAACCGAUGGAACUUCCCCCAUUGCAUAGGUGCCAUCGAUGGAAAACAUGUUGUAAUACAAGCACCAGAACAUUCAGGUUCAACGUACUAUAACUACAAGGGCCAGUAUAGUGUUGUCUUGAUGGCAGUUGCUUCUGCCUCCUUCCGCUUUCUUAUGGUCGAUAUUGGUGCACAAGGUCGGCAUAGUGAUGGUGGAACUUUUCGGAAUUCUGUGAUGGGACAACGAUUUGCCAAUAAGGAAAUGGAUUUACCAACUGCAUCACCACUCCACCCUAACAUACCACAGCCUGUACCUUAUAUGUUAGUAGCAGAUGCUGCGUUCCAACUGAACGAAUACACUUUACGCCCAUAUCCAGGCAAACGAUUAACUGAUACAAAAGAAAUAUUUAAUUAUCGACUCAGUAGAGCAAGGGGCGUUGUUGAAAACUCUUUCGGUAUUAUGGCUGCACGGUGGAGAAUUUUCAGAAGGCAAAUGAACACUUCGCUUGAAACAACAAUUUCAAUAAUUAAAGCUUCAGUAUGUCUUCACAAUUUUUUAAUCCCAAAAUCAGAAUACAAUCCAUCAGGAUAUGGAGACUAUGUUAACAGUGAAGGAAAUAUAGUACCAGGCCACUGGAGACAACAUGAUGUUGCUAAUAUUAAUAGUAUAAGAAUGGCAGGAGCAAAUGCCCAUUCUCAAUAUGCAUCUAAUAUCAGAGAUACAUUUGCGUUAUAUUUUCAAAAUGAAGGUGCUUUAAAUUGGCAACAUAAUUAUAUUGCACAAUUAGAACAUAAUUAGGGAUAUUAUAAUAUUAUAAAAAGACUAAUUAAUUUAAUCACACAUAGUAGUGGCUGAUCUUUAUCUCAUCUAUAUAGUAUAUUUUUAUCAAAACAAUACAUGGAUCAUCACGUGUGGUCAUGCAAGAAAAUUGGUCAUAAUUGAUCUUGUACAAUUAUAUAUAAUCACAGUCAUGUAUAUAUACAAAUCAAAUUUUAUCUAAUUAUAUCUGAUUAAAUGUAACUGGAUAUUUAUAAUUAAAUGUAAAAAAACAAAAUGAAUUGUAAAGUUGAUAUUACCGAAUAAGUAACUAUGUCUAGUAAUUUUAUAUAACAUAUAAUAAAUGUAUAUUUAGGAUUUGUCAAA